AUGUAUGCUUGUGUGAAUGCAUGGUGUGAAGACACUCCAACUGGAUUACUCCAUUUCAUGUAUUUGGGUUUAGUAAAACAUCUCGUGCAGUUAUGUUUGACAAAACUUUCAGAGCAGCAGAAAGAAAAAUUAGAACUGCAUCUUAAUAGUUUAAACUUGACUUCUUUUCCUUACCCUGUGAAUGGGAAAUUCAUUAAAUAUGUUGACAGUCGACAAGGAAAAGAUUUUAAAACAUAUGUGCAGGUGGCAUUUUUUAAUAUGGAGUAUGUCCGUCUUCCAAUGAAAUACCUACAAGCAAUAUCAGCCUUAGCAAUGAUGUCAAAACACAUUCACACUACAGAAGGUACUGAAACUGUAGAUAAAGACAUAAAGAACUACAUUGCCAUAAUAAAAGAGAAAAUACCAGAGCUUUCCAGUAAAAAAAAGACUCACUUGUGUAUGCACUUGAUUGAUGAUAUUAAAGAACAUGGAUGUUUAUUGGAAUACUCUGAAGAUGCAUUCGAAAAAAACCAUGGGCUCAUUAGAUCAGAAAUAUUUAUACAAAAUCAGUUGGCAAAAAGUAGAGAUACAGCAGCACAAUUUAGCAGAAAUGCCAUUCUGGAACACAUCAUUAGUGGUGGUUAUUUCUUAGAUAACAACAACUGGAUUCAAGCCAGUCAACAAGUCCAAAGUUUUGGAAGGGUUAAUAUUGUGGAGAAAUUUAUGGGAAAAGGGAACGAGACAAAAGGGAAAUUCACCCUAUCAAAACUUGAAAAGAAAGACAAUCUACAGAAACUAAGUGACCUUCAAAUUCUGCAAGCCUUUGUCAACUGUGGUCUUUCGAUAUCAUCUUAUAAUGAGCAGUGUACUGUCACACAAUUCUUUGGUAAUGCAUUAACCAAAAGUGGAGAAAGAGCAACCCUUGGAGGAUAUGUUUUGUAUCUUGAGGAAGAAGAGGAAAAAAUUGGGAGAAUUAAACAGCUAGCUAACAUAAAAAGUGGAAAAUUGUGUAUUGAGAUUGCUGUAAUUGUAACAAGCAGGCCUGUGAUAUACAGAUGUCAGAAUAUAGAAGCUGUCAUGUUUAGUGCGGAGGAAAUUAUAGUUCCACUGAAAAACUUAAUACAAAAUGUGCAUCUUAUUCAUGAUUGUAUAGGAGGUUUUUGCCCUAUAAAAGAAACAAAACAAAUUGUCAAAGUAGAACAAGAGAUGAUAGAGAAAACUAUCAAACAUUUGCAGCAUAACGUUAAUCAUGAUGUUUAUUUGAUAAAUAAAUUUAGAUUAACUCAUUUGAAGGACAAAUAUAUUGUAUAGUUAACAACCAAAAUUUGUUUUUGUAUUUUUGUUAACUUAAGGAGGGUCGUGAGUUCAAAAAAAAUCAGCAAAUAUUUAAACAUUCUUUUUUCAUAACAAAUUUUAUUCAUUACACUAUUAUUUAUAACAUUGUGAUAUGGUUAAAAAAUGAUAUUUAUUAAUUUUUUUGUAAAUGAUUUAAUUAAUUAUAAGCUCCAACAAAGAUACGGUUAUGGUAACAUUCAAGAGAACUUUUUUCAAAAAAGAAAAAGGUUUAUUCAGAUUAAAAGCACUUUAUGUGUAUAUAAAAAAAGAGGGAAAUUAAGGGUUUUAAUAUUUUACCUGUCAACUCACAAUUUUGCUUAAAGUAUUGUUAUCUAUAUUUUGAUUAUAGAAAGAAAACUUUAAAAUGAGGAAAUUAAAUGAUGAUUAAAAAUUGUUGUACUGGCAUAAUUUAUAUCAUAGUACAGGUACUUGUUCUGUUUUACCCAUAAAAUGUGUCUAUGUAAUUAUUAGGAAUGAAAAAUCUGAUCAACAAUUAUGUUGCUUCAUUCUUAUAAUUUAUAACACUUUAUGCUUUCCUUUGUCAAUUGAGAAUGGUUCUUAAUACCUGUAUUUAAUAGUCAAAACAUGAUGAGAGUUUUAAGGGAUAUAUUAGUGAUUGAACUAAUUUCUGUAAAAAUUAAUAACUGCUGAUAUUAAAAGGUUUUCAGUCAACAAAGUUGAAUGCAUGAUAUGUGUAGAUUAAAAUUAUGAAAAGGUUUAAAUGAUUACACAUACAUUGGUUUAGUAUAACAAAGAUAAAUUCUCUUUUUACAAGUUUUACAGUGUCAAUGAAAAUUUGUAUCCCACUUAGGGGAGACAAUCCAAGAAAAUAACUACAGGGCUGAUUUACUGGAACUACAAAUAGAUUAUUGAAUAUUUACUUCCAUAUUUCAAAUUUCAAAAAAUGUUGGUAUGUUCUUAACUUAUAUGGUGACUUAUUUUGCAGAUUGAGAAAAUAAUUUUUAGCUAUGAGGUUAAUCUCUGAAAUAAACAUCAGAAAUGUUUUGUUUUCUUGUUUUCUAUAUAUAUUUUAAUUGGUAAAAAA